AUGGGCUGUGCACAAUCUACAUCGACGUUCACGCCCACAGACCUCCCGACGGGCGAUAGUGUUUGGUUCCAUGGUCUCGAGUCGGAUUACCCCAGCAUAGAGGAGAUACGACAAAAUGCCGAAGACAUUUUCGGGGCUGCGGCACAAGCGUAUCGCCCAAAACCAGUGCGGUUUCCAGGGCGUAAAUUGAUCGUCAAAUGGGGCACUUUUGUGGGCAUCGCUGAAGGGCAAUGCAUAUGGUUCCUGCAAAACCAUCUGGCCCAUCUCGUUCCUGUUCCAAAAAUAUACGGAUGGAAGCGCGAUGGGGAACAAACGUUCCUCUUUCUCGAACUCGUUGAUGGAUCACCAUUGGAUGAGAGAUGGCCUCGAUUGAAACCGGGUGAGCGACGCGCUGCAUGUCGGGAACUGCGCCACGCAACGCAAGCUUUGAAACGCGUUCGAACGCCCCACGACUACCCGUCACUUUGCUCGAUAUCCGGAGGUGCUCUUCGUGACAUCACCUUUCUCGACGGAGACAUCGAUACGACGGGUCCACACGACAAUGCCGCAGACUUUCACGACGCUCUUGCAAAACUUGCACUCCCACCGUCAGAGACGUUCACCAAUCCGCGCAAGGAGGUUGACGAACUCAGCGGCUUCGAUGACAGAAUCCCCAUCAAGUUCACACACGCAGAUCUGGACAAGAGCAACAUCAUAUUGUCCAGGGAAGGCGACGGACCAUGUCGUCUUCUUGCAAUAAUCGACUGGCACCAGGCUGGCUGGUAUCCCGAACCGUGGGAGUAUCUUAAAGCACAAUCUCUGGACGACUACGACAGCGAAUGGGUGCGCAUUUACCUCGCGAAGUUCUUGAAGAAGCCCAAGUUUCAGUAUCUACGCUCUUAUGAGUUCGUUCGCAUGUCCACUAUAUAA